CAUAGUGUAGCCAUAUUUGUCCCGAUCCAUGCCGGGACCGUUCCGUGUCUGGACCAGCCUGGCCGUGCGCCGCCGAUCUUGACUCUGGCUGUGACCAACGGUGUGCUGGGUGGUGCUGGUGAUCUGCUGGCUCAGUCGAUCGAAAACAGGACUGAGUCAACGAGCACUCCGUUCUGCUGGGAUACCAGGCGCACAAUCCGCUUUGUCACCUGGGGCGCCAUAUGUGCGCCGGUCUUGCACAAGUGGUACCUGUUUUUGAACAACCAGUUUCCACUGCCAGCCCUCGACACCAGCAAGACCCUGUUUGCAUCCGCUGUUGCUAAGCGCGUCGCAGCCGACCAGCUCGUCUACGCCCCGCUCGGCAUCGCCGGCUUCUUCAUUGCCAUGAAUGCUAUGGAGGGCCACGGCUGGCGAUCGGCCAAGCACCGCCUCGGCGAGCUCUACGCCCAACGCUGUUUGCAAACUACGCCGUGUGGCCCGCUGUGCAGGCGAUCAAUUUUGCCUUCAUUCCAACAAUUUACCGCGUCCCGUUCUGCAGCGCUAUCAGCAUCUUUUGGAACGCCUUUAUUUCGUGGACGAACGCACAGUCGCCUGCACUGGGUGCCAAGCUGCCGCUCGAGAGUCCUCAUAUAAGAGUGAAACCAGCUCAUUGAGUGUGCAGGGUUUGGCAGACAAGCACAAGACGUUGUGGUUGGGACCGCACAAAUAAACCCAUGUAAAUUGAGACCAUGCGG